AUGUAUUUCUCUUCGAAUCAUCAUUUGAGUCGUCUGUCUUCUUUAUCUGAUUUUUAUCAACUUACCUUUCCCACUGAUGAUAUCGAUGGUGAUAUUUUAUCGCAUUCCAGAAGUAAAUCGACGGAUGACAGUCAUUCGACAAAAGAAACAUUAUCUGAUAUUCAUCAACAACUGAAUCAGUUGGCAUCUGAGAAUUUGAGUUUACAAGACAAAAUUAAUCGACAAUCCGAUGAACUGUCCGAAGUGAGAGCACAAUUACGUGGCUCUUCCGGACGAAUCACUUUUUCACUUGAUAAUGCCUCUGAUGCAGAUAUCAUUCGUUUGGAAAUGCUAAAGAAAGAUAAUGUUGAACAUUCUUCACUUCUAGAAGUUUUUAAUGUACCAGAAUUCACAAGAAUACUUGUUUGUGAUUUGAAACCACGACUUGCUCGUCUGUUAACACCUUGCUUGCCGGCAUAUCUUCUACUUGCAGCCUUCCGAUACUAUGAUCAUAUCAAAGACGAAGCGGGUCUUACUGGUUUAUUUUCAGCUAUUCAUAUAGUGCUGAAGGAUACAUUAUCACAUUCAAAUGAUAUGGAUGUAUUAUCAUUAUGGUUGGUUAAUUCGUGGCGUUUAUUAAAUCUUUUACGACAGUACAGCGGUGAAAAUAACAAUGAAUGGUCUAUGGCCAAUUCUGAAAAGCAAAAUAAUCAACGAAUGCAAAAUUUUGAUCUAAGUCCUUUACGAAAUCAACUUCGUGCUCGUGUUGAAGAAUCAUUUCAAAAUCUUUUAAAACGAUCUAUUGAACCAGUACUUUCACCAAAAAUAGUUCCUGCUAUAUUGCAACAUGAAUCGAGUCAAAAGAUGAUGAAUGGUAUCAGCGCAGAGAAUAAUGAACGACGACGGUCAAUGAAGGAGCAAAGUUCACAGCGUGCUUUAGAUGAUUUAAUUGAAUUACUAAAUUUCAUUCAAAACAAACUCAAAGUAUAUGGAGCAGAUUCUGUGCUAUUAGGACAAGUGUUUGGACAAAUGACCUACUGGAUUUGUGCGCUAGCAUUAAAUCAUUUGAUGUUUAGGAAAGAAUUAUGCAAUUUCGAAAAAGCUAUACAAAUCAAACAUAAUGUUACCGAAGUGCAGUCAUGGCUUUCUGCAAAUGGACUAUCUGCACAUCGUGAAACUUUAGAACCGUUGGUGCAAGCAUCUCAUUUGCUGCAAUCUAAAAAAGAUGAAUCAAAUUUGGACACUUUAUGCGGUGAGAUGACCUCAAAAUUGAAGCCAAAACAGGUGAUGGCAAUAUUGCAACAUUAUGCUCCAACGGAUGGCUUUGAAGAAAGACGAUUGAGUCCUGAUUUUCUAAUUAAAGUUUCUGAAAGGUUAAAUGCUAGAACAAGAGCAAAUGGUGGAACAGAUGCUGAUAUUAAUACGCUGAUUAUGAUGGGUACUUAUUUAACACCUUUCAAUUCUGAACCAUUUGUUUAUUCGGAUUUUAACUUGGAAACAUUAUCGUUACCCACAUGUUUGCAUUUGCAAGCAAUUUGUAAGUUAUUAUAG